AUGUUCAAUUCAAAAGGAUGUUUAAAUCAUCUUACAAAAGAAGAAAUUAUGGUAUAUACAUUUCGUGCUUAUGUAUCACCAAUAUUAGUUAUUAUUGGUAUUCCAUCAAAUCUUUUAGUCAUAUUUGUAUUUAUUAUAAUUGAAUAUCAUAAAACUUGUCGUUUUAAUUUAUAUGCAAUAUGGAUGGCUAUUGCACAUAAUAUACAAUUAAUUGUUAAUACAUUAAUUGAUGAUUUUUUAGGUCGUGGAUUAAAAUAUGCAACACAAUGUAAAUAUUCAAUACAAGUUGAUAUAGAAUCAUCAUUUUUAUGUAAAACAUUUACUUAUUUAACUGAUGCUUCAGCAUUAAUUGCUGCAUUUAUAUUAAUGUUAUUUAGUGUUGAUCGUGUAUGUUCAAUUUAUAAUCCAAAACAUUUUGAACAAAGUUCUCAUGUUAAAUUAGCACAUAUUAUUAUUGGUUUUGUUAUAAUUAUUUGUUUAAUAUUAAAUAUACCACAUUUAAUAUUUGCUGAUUUAAAAAUUCAUUCAAUAAAUAAUUCACAUGAAUGUCAAUAUAUUAAUCCUGUUGCUGGUGGUGUAAAAUAUGUUCUUUAUUUAUAUAUUAUUGGUGUAGCUAUACUACCAGCUAUAUUUAUUUUUAUUACAAAUAUUUUAAUAUUAUAUAAAUUAAGUACAACAGUAUAUAGAUCAAAAUUAAUUGGUACUAAAGAUGAUGAAUCAAAUAAUGAAAGAGGGAAAGUAAUAGCACAUUUAGCUAUUAGUAUUUUAUUUACAAGUUUAUCUAUACCAUUAGUAGUAAUGAUUAUUUUAAGACAACAAGUAUAUUUUUAUAAAUAUGAUAUAUUAUAUCCAGAAUAUACUAAACAAAUUGUACAAUAUUCAAAAUUAUUUAGUUCAGUUGAUUCAUUUAAUCAUGCAUUUGAUUUUUUCUUAUAUUUAGCAUUUAUGCCAACAUUUCGAUUUGCAUUAAUGAAUAUAAUUAAAUGUAGAAUAUUUUUACGUAAUAAUCAUUUAAAUAAAAAUUAUCAUCAUGAUAAUCAUAUCGAUGAUAAAUGUGAACAACACUAUUUACAUCAUUUAGAACAAGAAAUUAAUAUACCAUUUACUGAUCAAGAGACAAUAUCACUUUAUUCAAAUAAAUUAAUUUGUGUAGAAGAUUUUUAUUUAAAUUCGAAUAAUUUAAAUUAUAGUACAGAUCCUAUACCAUUUAUUGAUCAAUAUGUGAAUUAUUCACCGGAACAUUAUACAAUGAAAACAUUAUGA